UGUAUCGUUCAUAUCGGACGUAUAUGGGAACUCAAGCAGAAAAAUAAGAUUUUUUUUCAAUAAUUUCAUACUACAAAAAGUAACGGAAGCAAAUUGAAUAUUAUAAUAACUAAUAAAAAAAAAAGGUGAUUUCUUUAAAGAUAAUUUAAAAAUCGACAGAAGGAAAAUAUUUUAAAAAACAAUGGAGCCAAAACUGACGGGAGAUGAAAUAGUGAUAUCCGGUAUAGCUGGAAGAUUUCCGAAUAGUGAUAAUAUUAACGAAUUGCAGAAUAAUCUUUUAAAUAAAAUAGACUGUGUUGGUAACAGUAAACCUCGUUGGAACUACGAACAUCCCCAAAUUCCUCAGCAAAUCGGCACAAUGAAUAAUAUUGAUACUUUUGAUCGUGCAUUUUUUGGAGUUCACGGAAAAAUGCUAGAUUCAAUGGAGCCUAUGACAAGAAUAAUGAUAGAAACAGCAUACGAAGCAAUCACAGAUGCUGGAAUUAAUCCACGAAAUUUGAGAGGAAGUAAGUCAGCAGUUUUUACUGGAAGCAGUAUUUCAGAGACAGAAAAAUCAAUAUUUUAUGAAAAAUCUGCGCUAAGUGGAUAUGGCUUACUGGGAAUCAGUCGUACUAUGUUACCAAAUCGACUUUCAUUUUUUUUCGGUCUUACUGGUCCAAGUGUUAAUAUCGAUACUAGCUGCUCUGGAGGUGCCAGUGCUUUACACGAAGGAUUCAUGGCAAUUAAGGAUGGAAGGGUUGAAAAUGCAAUUAUUGGCGCCAGUAAUGUUAUUUUACACCCACAGAUGUCUCUACAAUUAUUUUUGUUAGGACUUUUAUCGCCCGAUGGGAACACGAAAUCGUUUGACGAUGCAGCUGAUGGUUAUACUCGCAGCGAAGCAACUGUAGUUCUAUUUCUUCAAAAAGCUCGUGACGCAAAGCGAAUUUAUGCAGAAGUAAAAAAUGUCAGCAUUUCAUUUGGAAAUAUCAAUAAUGAACAAUUUCAUUUAUAUCCAACUUACAAUUCCCAAGCAAGUCUAAUGAAAACCACCUUAAAAGAAUGUGGUCUAUCUGGUAAAGAUAUUUCAUAUGUUGAAGCCGAUGGGUCAGGCAUUAAAGUUGUUGAUGCUGAAGAGGUAAAAGCUAUUGAUGAAAUUUACAAUGAAGGAAGAAAGUUACCUCUUCAUAUUGGUUCGGUUAAAUCUAAUCUUGGAUCUUGUGCAGCAACAAAUCCACUUAAUGGAAUUAUUAAGAUUAUCAUAGCAAUGGAGUCAGGAUACAUUCCGCCAAAUCUUCAUUUUCAAAAACCAUCUGACCAAAUCCCUGCUCUUAAAGAAGGUCGAUGUAAAGUUGUAACAGAAUUAACUCCAUGGACUGGGGACUACGCGGUCGUUAAUAGUUUAGCAUUUACAGGUGCUAGUGCUAAUAUUAUAUUAAAAGAUUUCAAAAAGGAAAAGAAAAAUAAAGGGGAGCCUAAAGACAAUCUGCCAAGACUAGUCAUAUGUUCAGGAUGUACAGAAGAAGCUGUUGACUUCAUACUAAACCAUCUCGAAAACAGAUCCGUCGAUGUGGAAAUGCUUCAGCUUAUAUACGAUAUAUUUAAAACUGAAAUUCCAGCUCAUAUGUAUAGAGGAUACACUCUUCUGCCUCCACAUGGAUUAACAGAAAUUAAAACGAGAGGAAUUCAACAUAACCCAAAUAUAAGGAAAGAAAUUUGGUACAUGUUUUCCGGUAUGGGUUCUCAAUGGGUCGGAAUGGGAGAAGCUUUAUUGCAAAUACCUAUUUUCGCGCAAGCUAUAGAGAAGUGUGAUAAAGUUCUUAAGCCAAGGGGUAUAGACAUUUUCCGCAUCAUUACAGAAAAGGAUCCAAAAAUGUUUGACAAUAUUGUCAAUUCUUUUGUUGGAAUUGCUGCUAUUCAGAUUGGAUUAGUAGAUCUUUUAGACUCCAUUGGACUAAAACCAGAUUUUCUAAUUGGUCAUUCAGUUGGAGAAUUAGGUUGUGCUUAUGCUGAUGGAUGUUUUACAGCAGAGGAAAUGGUUCUUUCUGCACUAAGUAGAGGUUUGGCGUCAGUAGAAACAGAAUUGCCAAAAGGUUCCAUGGCAGCAGUUGGCCUUAGUUAUGAAGAAAUUAAAAACCUUUGCCCACCCGAUAUUGAUGUAGCUUGUCAUAAUAGCGCUGACAGUUCCACUAUCAGUGGUCCUGCAGAUUCUAUGAAAGCAUUCGUCGCACAAUUGAAAGCGAAAAAAAUUUUUGCUAAGGAAGUGGCAUGUAGUAACAUUGCCUAUCACAGUCGUUACAUUGCUCCAGCAGGUGAAAAAUUAAGAAAAUACCUUCAAGAGAUAAUACCUAAUCCAAAACCUCGAACUAAUCGCUGGGUAAGCAGUUCAGUUCCACGUGAAGAAUGGAAUUCUUCUAGGGCUCGACUAUCAUCAGCAGAAUAUCACACGAAUAACCUUCUGAAUUCUGUUCUCUUUGCCGAAACUGCAAAAUAUAUUCCAUCAAAUGCAGUUGUUAUCGAAAUAGCUCCGCACGGUCUUCUACAGGCAAUUGUGAGAAAAUCGUUGCCAGAGAAUGUCAUUAAUAUACCGUUAACCAAACGAGACCAUUCCGACAAUGUCUCAUUUUUCUUUGAAGCUUUAGGAAAAAUAUAUAAUGCUAAUUGCAACAUAAAUGUUUCUAAUCUCUAUCCUAAAGUCAACUAUCCAGUUUCACGAGGAACACCUUCAAUUUCAUCAUUAAUCCGAUGGGAUCACUCAUCUAACUGGAAUACACAUUUUUAUAAACAACAUGAAGAAGUAAAGGAAGGAGAAAUGAAUUUCAUCAUUAAUUUGAAGGACGAGAAAUGGAAAUAUCUGAAACACGCUAGGAUUGAUAAUAAGGUGGUUAUUCCUACUUGUAUAUACUUAAAACUUGCCUGGGAAGUUUUAAAAUCAUUGAAAGAUGAUUGUGAAAUCUCAGUUAUUUUCGAAAAACUAAAAAUGCAUAAGUACCAAGUAGAAAUUCCAGAAGAAGAAAAUAUCAUAUUAGUGGUAACGGUUCAGAAAGGUACUGGUUUCUUUGAAAUUACAAGCAAUGAAAUUUUAUUAUGUUCUGGAAUUUUACAAGCUACUGAAACUCCUAAUGAGGAAUGCAGUUUAAUUCCUAAAAAAACAGAUAAAGAUUAUCAGGAUCUGAGUGAAAGUGAUAUUUACACUGAGUUGGAGAUGCGCGGUCUACAAUACUCAGGUCCCUUUAGAAACAUUCGUAAAUCAUCAGCAAAUGGAUGCAAUGGAACUUUAGUAUGGAAAGAUGAUUGGACAACCUUUUUAGAAGGAAUGAUUCAAAUGUAUAUUCUUGGAAAUGACAUAAGAAAAGCUCAAGUGCCAAUUAAAAUAAGAAAAAUUAUUAUUAACUUUAAAUUGCAAGCAGAGGCGAUCAAAAAGUCAUGUGACAUUCCUAUCACAGUGUAUAAGGGUAUCCAAACAGUGAAUGCAGGUGGUGUACAAAUGGAAGGAAUUAUUCUUAAAUCUGCUCUACGCGAGUCUUGGAAAAAUAAUAUUGUUACCGAGAGAAUUCAAAUCCUUCCGAAAACGGAAGAAACAUACAAACAUUUUCCAAUUAUUUCGAACCUUCAAUACGUGUCAAAUUGGAAAGCAGAACAGUUGAAUCCUUCCGAUUUAGACUCUAUUUCUUGGGUCGAGGAAUUCCCUAGAAAUGUUGCUGACACAAUCAAAGUUGAAUAUUCAGCAGUCAAUCAAUCAGACAUUCUCUCAGUAAUUACUAAAACUGGGUUAGAAAAUACUGGAAAAAAUAGACUAGAAAUGAAGUGCUUUGGCUACGAAUAUUCUGGAAUUAAUUCAAAAGGAAGUAAAGUCAUGGGAAUUGCUACAGAAGGUACAUUUUCAAAUUAUAUAACAGCUGACACUGAUUACACAUGGAAAAUACCUGAGAAUUGGUCAUUAGAAGAUGCUGCAACUGUACCUUUAGCAUAUGCAGUUGCAUAUUUGGCUUUAGUGAUAAAGGGAGAUAUACAAAAAAACGAAUCAGUUUUUGUUUACGAUAGCGCAUCUUCCAUUGGGCAAGCUAUCAUUAAUAUAGCCUUAAAUAUUACACCACAAGUAUUCGUUGGACACGCUAGUGAUAUCAACAAAAAAAAUCUAAUGAGCAAUUUUAAAAAUAUUCCUGAGCAUCGUUUUCUAAAUGCAUCAGAAAAUUUCGCUGAUCAAAUUUUAGCACAAACUGAAGGAAAAGGAGCUGAUCUCGUAAUAUAUAAUGGAGAUGAUUUAAGUAAAAUAGAGUCUUGCCUGACGUGUGUGAAAAGAAAAGGAAAUAUCAUUAUCAUUGGAAACUUACAACAAGCAUUUAGUAAAUCAGUAGGCAUGCAAAUUUUCUUAAGGGAAAUUGCUCUCUUCUCAGUAAUUCCAACGAAAGUAAAUAGCCUUGAUCUAGCAACUAAAAGAAAAUUAUUACAAAUGAUUGAAAAUGGAGUAACAGCGAAAAUUGUAAAACCAUUGCCUAGACGUAUCUACCCAAGGGAAAUGUUAAAAAACGCUUUUAUUGAUGGAGCAACAAAUAAUGUUUUCGGAAAAAUCAUAGUCAAAGUACAGCCAGAAGAUGGAAGUAAUAAAGCUCUGACAAUCCCUCGUUUUUUAUGUAAUAGAGAAGGAUCUUACUUGAUAAUUGAAGGAUUGAGUGACUUUGGACUCGAAUUAGUUGACUUUUUAGUUAUCAGAGGUGCCAAAAACAUUGUUGUAGCAUCCGAAUCAAAAAAUACAAGAGCUUACGGUAAUCAUAGAAUUAAUUUAUGGAGAGGAUAUGGAGUAACAGUUGUGGUCCGUGAAGAAUUGGACCUUGCCCAUCAACAAAAUGGAAAUGCUCUUCUUGAAGAAGUCAGUACACUUGGUACAGUAGAUGCAAUUUUCGAUUUACAGCACAUUGAAAAAUUAUCAGAAAGAUCUUCCGAAUCAAGAUAUUUGUUUACUAACUAUCUUUUUGAGGAAUCUAAGCGUAUGUGUCCUGAUUUACGACAGUUUGUUGUUUUUACAAAAUGUAAAGAUAGCGGCGAAAAUAUUGACGACAUUUUGUUAAGAGAAAUUGAUUUGACGAAGAUUUGUCAAGAAAAAUCAAAAGGAGCUACCCGGGGACUUUUGAUUCUUUUAGGGCCAAUAUCUGAAAUUACUGAAUACAUAACUGAAAACGAGAGAAAUCUAUCUUUGUUGUCCAUUCCUAGAAUUAUUGAACAAAUGGAUACUUUAAUUGGAUCAAAUGCAACCAUUGUAUCUGUUUCUUAUAAACCAUUAGAAGCCAACUUUCAUAAGAUUCAGAAAGAGAAUAUUACUACUGAAGAAUCAUCAAGAUCAAAAUUCGAAAAUUAUAUUACAGCAGCUCUACCUUCAUCAACAACUUGGAGACAUCAAUGUUUAGACGAAUCUCAGCGUUAAGAUUAUUUAUUAAAUGUUUUAUAAAUUCUACAAAGUUGAGGCAAAAAUUAACCCGAUUCAUUUAAUAAUUUGUUAAGAUUUUAAGUAUAUUUUAAUAUAAUUUUUAAUAUUUUAUUCAUUUUGCAUGAAAUUAGUUAGAUAGUUAGAUCUUAUUAAAAUUAAGAAAGAACUUAAUAAAAUUUAAAUAAAUUAAUAGAAUUGAA